AUGCUGGAGGCGUGGCAAAAAGUGCAGCAGAACGUCGACACCAACCUCCGAGCCAUGGUCAUCCUCCUGGACAAGUUUCUGCUAUUCGUGGGCGCCGAUGAAGUCGACGCCACGGAGCAAGACCGCAUGGUUGACAGGAUCAUAGAAAGCUAUACGAACCGCGGUAGCGAGAAGAUAGCAGUGCCAGUUGCGUAUCACGAGGCCAUGGACAGGCUGGCUGCGAUCACCGCUGCCUCCCGAAACGACGUCGGCGCAGCGUCGCCGCUCGUGGCAAACGUCAAGGCCAACCUACCAGACGCCAUACCGAUGUUCCUGCAACGCCAGAGCGACAAGAUGCUGCAGAUGAUGGCAGAAAUCAGUGCAGAGUGCAGCACGUUCCAGGCAGCCACCCUGCCGAAGAUGGAGCUUGUCUUCGACGCCGCUGUCGUACACAUCAACCGCAGCUCUACCCAUCAGCAACAACCAGCAGAAUCGGCGGUGGUGGCGGAUGGCGUAUAUCGCAGCUUCAUGGAAAUCGCACGAGAAAUUCAGGGUCUCCUAGACCUGGUCGCCUCCAUGAAUGCGUACCCUGUCGGCCAGCAGCAGAUACAGAGCUACAUAGAGCAGAUAAAUGCCUUCAAAUUGGUUCCAAUAAGCCACUAUCGCAAAAUAAUUCUCGAAGAUUAG